CUGCAGCUCACCGGUAACGACCUCGAGAAGGUCUCCCAGAGCGCUGCCGACAUCCAGCAGAUCUGCAGAGUCCGCAACAAGGAUAUCAGAAAGGUUUCUUGGACGGUCUCUACGUCUCGGAGCGCGGCAACAUCGUCGAGGAGUAAGCGACAACUUGUUUCAUCAACUUUGGCGAAUGACGGAUCAGGGCACUUUGCUGUACGGGCUGCGUAGCGCUUCAAUGAAAAUGGGCAAAAUUUUCGCGGACCAAAAAUUCAUUAACGACUUCAAAAAGAAAGACUCCUUGUUCUGUUCACUGAACGUCUCUAUACCCGCCAACUCGAGCGCCCAGCAGUGCUUUGAAUUAUUUCGUAUUUUGUUCGAUACCGAAACUACGCCCCAUAAACACCCAAUACCCGUUCGAUCCACAGCAGCAGACAUUCGCUUUGCGCCUGAUGUAACAUUCUGUACACGGUCGUCAAAAGCAGAAACUGAUACCCUUCCUCUUUCCAAAUCCUUAUUCUGGUGAUAUCGCUGAAUGUUGUGCCUCCCAUGCUGAAAUACGAAAGGUUGUCAAGUGACAUUAAAUAAACAAAAGAACGUAUUUUCU